AGUGUCAGGAAUAAAACGCGUUUCAGUACGGCUUCUAGUUUGGACGUCCGGCGUGCCGUAGUUACCGAGUGAACGUCAAGAAUGUUUUUGAAGUUGGAGCAGAAAGUAAAGAAAUAAAGAAAUCCUGGUUUGGCUGUUAGAGGAGGAGGCGUCUCUCUGUGUGUAGCUAUGGGCAAUACGAGUGACCGUGUAGCUGCAGAUCGUCAUGGACCAAAAUCCCAUCGUGCAGAUGGUGGUGCCCAAAAAGACCAUGAACCCAGCAAGAUGGUGGACAGCACGGAUGAUCCUAACAUCUUUAACACACACGGACCUGAAGUAAAGGCUCCAGUGGAGAAGGAUUUGCCUCCAGAUUUAAAUGACUUGGCGAAGGCGGGCACACAGGAGCGUCCAACCGUGAUCCGCUGGGCAGGAGGAGGGAGAGACGUCUACAUCUCCGGCUCCUUCGACAACUGGAGCACCAAGAUCCCACUUAAUAAAAGCCAUAAUGACUUUGUUGCAAUCCUGGACUUGCCUGAGGGCGAGCAUCAGUACAAGUUCUUUGUUGAUGGCCAGUGGCUUCAUGACCCUUCUAAGCCAGUUGUGACCAGUCAGAUGGGAACCAUCAACAACCUGAUCGAGGUGAAGAAAUCUGACUUUGAGGUGUUUGAUGCGCUGCAGGUGGACUCUCUCGAGUGCUCCGACACCUCUGAUCUCUCCAGCUCUCCUCCUGGUCCUUACGGACAGGAAGUGUACAUGUUCCGACCAGAGGAGCGCUUCAAGGCCCCGCCCAUCCUUCCUCCUCACCUCCUCCAAGUCAUCCUCAAUAAAGACACAAACAUUUCAUGUGAUCCUGCUCUGCUGCCUGAACCCAACCACGUCAUGCUCAACCAUCUUUAUGCACUCUCGAUAAAGGAUGGUGUGAUGGUCCUCAGUGCGACUCACAGGUAUAAGAAGAAAUACGUCACCUCUCUGCUGUAUAAACCCAUCUGAGAGUCAACGUCUGUGUUGUACUCCUGCUCCAUCUAGCUGACAUUGUACUACACACCCAGCUUACAGUGGUUCUGACAGCCACUGUCUCUCACUCUCACACUAAUGAUGAUGUGUGUGUGUGUCUGUGUGUGUGUGUCCACCACUGUAUGAUCAGGACUACUGAACUGUACUUCACACGUAGAGAUUGCAAUCAUGAGCUUUGUAAAGGUUUUUUUUUUCCCCCCUUCCUCUCCGCUAUAAAGCGGAUGCUAAAAUAGGUUUGGUGUUUUAAAGAGAGGUCUGAAGCGGUUUUGGCGUGGUUUAAAAUAGCAUCAUGUUAACCAAUGCUGAUUUAUGACUGAGAUGUGUGUCAUUUUAGAGUUUCCAUUGUUUUAUUUAUUGAACUUGUGAUAAUCACAUGUUUAAGUAUCUGCUUGCAGGACAUAAAAAGGGCUUUGCAGAUGAACUUAUAUUAAGUUGUAGGACUGACUGAAUAGGUUGAGGGAUUUUCUGCCUGGCCCAAGGCUGAGGUAUAGUUUGAAAAAAUAAAAGAAAGAUAUGAAUUGGCUUCCCCCCCCCCCCCCCCCCCCCCCCCCCCCUUCACAGUGGUUAGCAUGACUCAUACUGUCUAAUCAAGAACAUUGGUCACUGAUGCGAUAUGAAUUUUAAUAAGGAUGGCUGGAAUGAUAGUGUGUGUGUGUGUGUGUGUGUGUGUGAGCACAUGCAUGCUGUUGCCUUUCACUGCGAUUGUGUAAGCACUUUAACUAUAUAUUCACUGUGACGGGUUCAGACGGAAAGCUUUUUUCAGUUCCUAAGCUAUGCAGUUGACAAAUCUCGUACUGUAGGCUCUAGUUGAACACGCACAAUACGCUCUUCAGUACAAUAGCCGAGUGAAAUGUUUGUAUCAGUGUGCAUUGUAUUAGUAAUUCUUGCUGUUGUAUGUAUUAUGAAUGUUGAUUUACUGUAUUUGUAGUGAGAUGAUCCGGAUGUGUUGGUGGCUGUAGAGGCUGAGGUCUUUAGUAUAAAAGCUGUGUGGUUUUCGGUAAUGGUCAAAGGUUGGUUGUUUUUUUUUUUUUUCAGGUUUUUAUGAUAUUUGAAAUGCAUUGAAUUAUUCAUGGUGUUUUAAAUUGCUGUUUGAUGAAACUGUUUGAUGCUUAUUCCCUCCAAAGAUGUAGUGGAAUGCUGUAGUGUGUAUGGACAGUGUAUCAUAAAAUGAAAAGAGGUUUGAAGUUACAAUACUUUGCGAGGUGUGCUAUUUUGGAAAUAGAAUUUAAACACUUGAAUUUAUCCCGGAUGCUAUGUUUGUAAAGCAGUGCAGCAUAUGUUGUUAAGCCAUGCUGUUUAGUUUUGUUUGCAAAUAAAAAGCAAUACUGCAUGA